UUUUUUUUCACGUCAGUAGUUUGAAGGGAUCAGAAUACUUUACGGUCGACAUUCAAAGCAGUAAUAGUUUUGUAAUUGCGUUUGUGUGCUCUCAAUAAACCAGUUCAUUAUUGAAAGUAAAUUGAGGAUAAUUACUGUGUUUCAAAAAGUUGAGCUAUUUAAAAAUCAGAAUCGAAAUCUAGUAGAUUUCUGAAUUUUAGAUUUCACAUCGAAGAUAAAGUGGCUCUAUUAGAAUGACUUGGGCUCAUCUGGAGCGUGGCAGUUCCCCGGUGGACUGGUGUGAAGGGAAUUAUUUGAUAUCACCGGACAUUGCAGAGUUUGUGAACACGAUAAGCAAUAUCCUUUUUCUUGUUGGACCUCCAUUUUUGAUUUACCUGUUCAAAGAUUAUGGUAAAUUCAUCCAACCGGCAAUACACAUGAUAUGGAUCCUAUUGAUUAUCGUCGGAUUGAGUUCCGCUUACUUCCAUGCCACCCUGAGUCUGCUUGGUCAACUUCUGGACGAAUUGACAAUUUUGUGGGUUUUCAUGGCAACGCUUAGCCUGUUUUGUCCUCGACGACAUUUUCCGCGUAUUUUUAAACAUUCGAGGAAACGCUUCUGCAUCUCGAUGAGCGUGUUCUCGCUUGCGGCAACUGCUUUAUCGGUUUGUUAUCCAGCUAUAAAUGCAUUCGCACUAAUGCUGUUGGCAAUUCCAGCAACUUAUCUGGUCUACAAGGAGUUACAAAUUGUUGAGGACCAACGCGUGUACCGGCUGGGUGUUCGUAAUACCACAGUUCUGCUGAUUGCAAUCGUUUGCUGGAUAAACGAUCGAAUGUUCUGUGAUGCGUGGUCUCGCUUAAGUUUUCCCUACCUACACGGAUUUUGGCAUAUACUGAUCUUCAUUUCAGCAUACCCGGCCUGCGUGCUGUUUGCGUACUUUUUCGUCAAUGAUGAACGGCCAGAAAGCAGACCGGAGCUCAAGUAUUGGCCCCGAAAUGACUUCGAACUGGGCGUUCCGUACGUUUCAGUCAAUUGCUACAAAAAAUUGAAUGAUCACAUUUAAGCACGUGGGUGGAGGAGCAGAGCAUAUCUCCAAAGAAUCUCGGAUUGUCGGAAAGUACAAAAUCGCACGCGAACUCAAAUGAUGUGUGGAAAAAUUGUGUCAUAAGGCCAAAAAUAUCAUGUAAACGCUAAUGCUCGAUUGAACCAAAAUUAAUCUGCGAUAUCUUCGUACCAAAGCCGUAAUUGAACGGUUACAAUGAUAUUAUUUCCGUAAAAGAAUUUAACUGUCAAUUGAUUGAUUUAACGAGAUAUCAAUUUUCAUCUCAUUCCUUGCAUGUUGUUUCAAAUAGCGCUAGGGUUUGUGGUAGAAUUUAGGUGAUUUUAGUCGUAUUUAUUCAUUGUCGAAUAUAUUUAGGGUUUCCAAAUGAAAGUUAUUGUAGUUUUAGGUGAGAGCUUUAAACAGUGUUAAAAUUUUACAAUAAAAUAUCUUCCCAAAC